GAGACAUAUUAUUAGGUCUGCUAACAUGGGCGCCGCAAUUUCAGCUGUGUAUACUGGUAUCUCCGACGCCGAUGAGCAGGAGAGCCGGCGAACGAAACAAGACCUUGAGGUUCUUCAAAGAGCCGUCGAGUACAAACUGGAUCAAUUCGAUUCCAAAUUAACUGAGAUGUUUCUGAAUUCGGAAUCUUCAUCGAGGAUCCAGGUUCCUGGGCUUCGUGCCUUGCGCAAGUCAAGGUUUACGAGCGUUGGUAUUAGAGGAACUCCUAGUGAGAAUGUGUCGAAAGCAAUUGAUGAUUACCUCAGCACGGGAAGUGCUAAGCCUGGCACUGGGGAGGACAUCAAAAACGGCUUCAAGAAAAUUGUGUCCAGUGCACUCGAUAGAAUUCUAUCAACUACGAGCGCCGGAGAGCACGAACUGCACAGGUUUUUUGUCUACGUGCAACACAACGCUAUCAUACGCCUCGAUGUUAUGCUUUGGCGCUGGAACUUUACCGGAAAAGGCUUCAGCGACAAAUAUGAGAAUGCGCUAGGUUAUUUAAUUUGCACCUCCGUCGUAGAUGUCAGCGCUCUGAAGACGGCUGAAUUUGUAUACUUGAUUAGCGAAUAUGCUGGUGAUUCGGACGAAGACGUUAUAAGAUAUGUUAAGGCAAUGGAAGAUCUUUAUAGCCGGAGUCGGAAGUUGAAACUAAGCCAACAGCACCCAUCUCAACUAGAGGAUGAUGAUUAG